GUGACAGAAUUUUCAUAUAUUUUUUAAGCUUUUAAUAUUUCUACCUCUACACAAACACAUGUAUCUGAUCCAUUCAUGAAAUCCUUCAUUUCAUUGAAUUAAGAAAAACUGUUAUUAGGAGAUUAUUGUGGUCACAGGUCCCAAAGUACAGUCACCAUCAUCAUCAUAUUGGACUGACUUAUUUUAGUCUAAACCUGACUGAUGCAUUGAGAACAAACAUUUACAACAGUAAUUAUUUCUCAGGAAACUAUAUUCAGUCUUUGGAGAAGACUGUUUAAAACCUUAGCUGGUGUUUUCUGUUGUCCUUACACCCUCCCUCCGCCUGGGAGCACCGCAGCAGAGUGGGCACCGGUUACUCUGGUGACGUCCGUCUAGUGAGCUACCAUGGGACGACAUGGGGGCGUUGGUUUAGCGGUUUUCGUACUCGUGCUGGUCUUUUGCGAAGCAAGAAGACACAAACUCGCCCUAAAGAAUGACUCUAGAUUUGUGGUUCAUCUCAACACCUUUGGUUUCUUUGCCAACGGAACCCUGGACGUCAACGUUCUCUCCCUGAGACUGCCCGAGGACAACAGCAAGCACCCUGUGGGAUUCAGUCUCUACAAGUCUCGUGUUAAUGGCAUGCUGUCCUACACAGCGGAGGAGACGGCGGUGUGUCCGCUCAUCAGACACAGCGGUGUUGAGCCCUUCUUCCUCUUCCUCAUUGACACCAACAACCUCAGAGUCAAUGUGAGGUCUUAUGGAGACCAGGACAGCAUCUUGACCCAGCUGAAGACAGACAAGACACUCACUAAAGACUCAGGUUCCAGGAGAAGAAGAGCAACUGUCAAUGACUUGAAAGUGACAGUACAGAAGAGUAAUGUGGAGGAAAAGAAGAAAGAUGCAGAGCUGAAAGAGGGGACGAAGGAGGAAAAGAAGAAAGAUGCAGAGCUGAAAGAGGGGACGAAGGAGGAAAUGAAGAAAGAUGCAGAGCUGAAAGAGGGGACGAAGGAGGAAAUGAAGAAAGAUGCAGAGCUGAAAGAGGGGACGAAGGAGGAAAUGAAGAAAGAUGCAGAGCUGAAAGAGGGGACGAAGGAGGAAAUGAAGAAAGAUGCAGUGCUGAAUGAGGAGGGGACGAAGGAGGAAAUGAAGAAAGAUGCAGAGCUGAAAGAGGGGACGAAGGAGGAAAAGGAGAAAGAUGCAGAGCUGAAAGAGGAGGGGACGAAGGAGGAAAUGAAGAAAGAUGCAGAGCUGAAAGAGGGGACGAAGGAGGAAAAGAAGCCAGAACCCAAAGAGGAAAAAAUGGGGCGGAUCAACAGGCUGACUCUGGAUGUGCAGAAAAUCAAUGGCUCCUACAGCUUCAGCUUCCACAUGGUGAUUGGCCAGUUGGAUGAGGGCCUAUACAACCUCGACUUCCACUACUGCGAGAACAUUCUGCCAGGCAACAACCGCCCCUACACUCUCAACGUGGAGGUGACGGAGAAGAACCCAGGAGGUUACCUGUCAGCAGCAGAGAUCCCUCUCCCUCGUCUCUACAUCUUCAUGGCUGGAGUUUUCUUCAUUAUAGCCAUGGUCUGGGUUUACACACUGCUGAAGCACAGGUACAGUGUGUUUAAGAUCCACUGGCUGAUGGCAGCUCUGGCCUUCACCAAGUCCAUCUCCCUGGUCUUCCACAGCAUCAACUACCACUUCAUCAACACGGAGGGACACCCCAUAGAAGGAUGGGCUGUCAUGUACUACAUCACCCACCUGUUGAAGGGGGCUCUGCUGUUCAUCACUCUGGCGUUGAUUGGUACUGGCUGGGCCUUCGUUAAAUACAUCCUGUCAGACAAGGAGAAGAAGAUCUUCAUGAUCGUCAUCCCUCUACAGGUUCUGGCCAACGUAGCCUACAUCAUAAUAGAGUCUACAGAGGAGGGCUCUAGUGAGUACGCCCUGUGGAAGGAGGUUCUGUUCCUGGUUGACCUCAUCUGCUGUGGAGCUAUCCUCUUCCCUGUUAUAUGGUCUAUUCGUCACCUACAAGAGGCUUCCAGCACUGAUGGGAAAGCUGCCAUGAACCUGGAGAAACUCAAACUAUUCAGACAUUACUACGUCAUGAUAGUGUGUUAUAUCUACUUCACGAGGAUCAUCGCCAUCCUGCUGAAGGUGACGGUGCCUUUCCAGUGGCAGUGGUGUUACGAGUUCCUAGUGGAGGUGUCGACUCUGAUCUUCUUUGUGUUGACGGGGUAUAAGUUCCGGCCGGCUUCCAACAACCCCUACCUCCAGCUGCCCCUGGAUGAGGAGGACGUGGAGAUGGACGAAGUGGUGACGGAGUCAGGUAUGUUGGAGGGCAUCUCUAAAGUCAAGAAGACAUCUAAUGGUCGCGAGCGCCAGAAAGAGUCUACCUUGUGAGAGUGUUUGUGAAGAGGGGGGGUGUUCUAAACACCCAAAACCCUCAGCGUUGGAGAGAAACGAGGACUGAAAUGGACCAAGACACACCCUUUACCCCUCUCCUAAAACACUCCCGCUCGAUCUGAAACUGGGUGGCUGUUACUAAAGCAACCACCGCCUCGCUAUGCAACAAGACGAACGAUGAGACUUUAGUUGUCGUUGGACCUUCUCUCUCUCGUUUAUCUGGAGACUUUCUGGAGGCUCUGCACCCCUGCCUGGUGUCAUAAUGGUUCAUUCCAGGGAGAGAACUCUUCCACCCCCCCCCCCCCCUCGUCGAUGGACGAAUAGAACGGUCUGGUCUGGGGUAGAAUGGACCUCUAAUGACCUCUCUCUCACUCCCUUUCCCUCUCUCCUUUUCUUCUCUCUGGAGAACGGAGGAAGCGACACUCCAAAGAUUGUUUUCCAGAUGUGUGAUCGGUAUAUUUUAUAUCCAGAGUAUCCUGUUCUGUUUUAAUGUGUCCCAGCUGGAACCCUGUUCCUGGUGUAGUGCACUACACAGGGUGUGGUUUGGAACCCUGUUCCUGGUGUAGUGCUCUACACUACACAGGGUGUGGUUUGGAACCCUGUUCCUGAUGUAGUGCUCUACACUACACAGGGUGUGGUUUGGAACCCUGUUCCUGAUGUAGUGCUCUACACUACACAGGGUGUGGUUUGGAACCCUGUUCCUGAUGUAGUGCUCUACACUACACAGGGUGUGGUUUGGAACCCUGUUCCUGCUGUAGUGCACUACACAGGGUGUGGUUUGGAACCCUGUUCCUGAUGUAGUGCACUACACAGGGUGUGGUUUGGAACCCUGUUCCUGAUGUAGUGCACUACACAGGGUGUGGUUUGGAACCCUGUUCCUGGUGUAGUGCACUACGCAGGGUGUGGUUUGGAACCCUGUUCCUGGUGUAGUGCACUACACAGGGUGUGGUUUGGAACCCUGUUCCUGGUGUAGUGCACUACACAGGGUGUGGUUUGGAACCCUGUUCCUGGUGUAGUGCACUACGCAGGGUGUGGUUUGGAACCCUGUUCCUGGUGUAGUGCACUACACAGGGUGUGGUUUGGAACCCUGUUCCUGGUGUAGUGCACUACGCAGGGUGUGGUUUGGAACCCUGUUCCUGGUGUAGUGCUCUACACUACACAGGGUGUGGUUUGGAACCCUGUUCCUGAUGUAGUGCUCUACACUACACAGGGUGUGGUUUGGAACCCUGUUCCUGGUGUAGUGCACUACACUACACAGCCUCUGUUUAUUUAAGUGGUACUUCUGUUCUGUUGGACAACAGGCUGUAUUUUGCUGUGUGUUUUGGCUGUUGUGUGUUUCUUCCAUUGGGAGGUGCAGGUUGACACGUCUGCCUGUCCAACAGGGGUUAUCCAACCUUCCUCUGUGGAAGCUGGUAUGGGUGCAGGCUUUAGCUCCCGCCCUGCAGUAAAACCUGUUUCAACUAAUCAUUUUUUUAACGUUGAUUUAAUUAUAGUUAAGUCAAAUUCUAGUUAUCAAUAAAGAACAGCUGAUUCAACUGA